GGAACGGUAGUGAAUGAUAACUUUGUCUAGCACUCAAUACAUUGGGUGUAUGGUUUGUUUUAAAUUUCUGUUAAAAGUACUUAAAAAUGCAAACCUGUUUUCUACGAAAGGAUCAGACAAAAUAGAAUAAGCGAACGUAAAGAGAAAAUCAAACUCGUUAAGGGGGCGCAGCGAAAAUUUAGACAGAACAAUGCAAGGAGGACGAAAAAACGCAAUGAAAAGUAAAGCGCACGGAAAAUUUUCAUUUCAUAAAAAAACUGCUCAUUAAAAAUAAGGCAAUACAAGUGAUAAAGUGUACCAAGUGCAAACUAAAUAAAAAUUACGUUGUGAAUUACUGGAGUAUGAAAGGGUUUUUUGUAAUUUUUGUAUGAAAAACUAACUUGCUAAAAAAAAUUUCCCACACGCGCACACAACCAAACGCACACACACGCGGAUACCGCACAAAAUCUCAAACAAAAAGGAAAUCAAUAAACGCAAGAAGCGGACCGUAGUAGAAGCAUAAGUGGAAGUGGAAUUUAAGAAGAAGCAAAGGAAAAGGUGAAGGUGAAUUGAGUGCGCGAAAGUCGGAAAGAAAAAAUGAAUCGUAAUAAAAUGAUGUGAAAAUGCGGGACAUUAAAAAAUUUCAGCGUGGAGGCUGAGGACUGCAGAAGAAACUCUCGACUGAUUGACAAGAAAAUCAAGAGACAGACAAAUUAAAGAAAUAUAUGAUUGUCUUGCCAGUUAUUGUAAUAGUAGUUUGCAUAAAUAAUUAUUAGGCAAAUAAAGAAAAAGUUGAUUUUAUUAUAGCAGUUGAAUAGUAGUUACAUUGUAGCGAAAAAUUUCAAUUUAACAAAGGAUGGAAAUGGCCAGCAGCGCCGCAAAUGGGUCUGGCAGCACAACUUCUCACAGUGGUGUCGUGGGCAAUACUUUGCCAUCUCUCUUUGUCAGUGAUCAUAAUGGCGGCAGCACAUUAGUUAAUAGCAAGGAUUUAGAUGGUCUAAUUGCUAUGAACGAUAGCGCACUUUCACAACAAAUCGAAUUUAUUCUGCAAGAAGCUCCCAUGGAGCAUGAUGACAAUGAUAUAAACGACCAUUUGAAUAGUGACGGAACUGCGAAUAUAAAUACAGUCAGCAGCGUUAACUCCAACCCUACCAUUAAACUACAAAACCCACCGAAUAUCAUAGUAACAAGCGCUUCCGAAUUCCCAAGAGCACAUGUGACCAGUGACAGUGCCGCGGCAGCAAUUGCAGCAACACAAGCAAUGGCGCAACAUCAUUUAUUGAAUGGUCGUCGUAUCAUUAUACAAACAACACAAACAUCAAAUAUGAUUAAAGAAGAAGAAGCGGAUCCCGAAUUAAAUGAUGAGAAUCUACAAGAUAUUGAAGAAGAGGAGCAAGCUGCUGAAGCCGAAGAGAAUCAAUUGCAGCUCCAACAUACAGCAGAUAUAAAAAUGGAGCAAGAUGAUAAUGUGGAACAAGAAUUUAUUAGAAGUGGUAUAAAUUAUAUAAGUACGCCUACGAUAACUGCACACCAUACGCAACUGCAUGGCGCACAAACACAACAAAUAGUUUUACCGGCCGGUUCAAUAGUAGGUACAACAGCGACAGGCCGCACAUUGGCAGUGCCCGUAUCCGAAGCGUUGGCACAACUGCAACGACGUCCGGUAUAUAUCAGUAAUGCUAUGGGUGGCAUGACUGGUGCUACUUUCGUGCGUAUGCCAGCUGUGAUAAGUCGCAGUCCGAUGACUGUUUUAAAUGUAGUACAACAGGGUGUACCGGGUGGUGGGCCAACACAACUUAUCCUACAGGCAGCACCUGUAUCAAACACAGGCACACAAAUGACAGUGGUUACUUCUAGUCCAACUGCAGCAACCACUGUACCCACAUUACCACCAGUAUCGACUGCCGUCACAGAAGUGGCAGUCACUGCCACACCACCAACAAUAAUGCCAGCAUUAACUGCUGCAACACCAACACCAGCACAAUCUACAUCCCCAUCGACAGCAUCAUCAUCCUCGCCAUUAUCGUCUUCUGGUCAUGUUGCGUCUUCCACAGUGGUAGCUACUACUGCUGCUGCUACGACGAACCCGUCGACGACGGCAGCCAAAAGUACUACAACUCACGCCACCUCAAAUAGUAGCGGCAAUACCAACUCAGCUUCCAGUGGCACUACUACUGGCAAUUAUCAAUGUUUUUCAUGUGUGGAAGAGUUCGAAUCGAAAGAACUAUACGACAUCCACGUCUCAGGCCAUGCCAACAACAUGAAAUGUGCUAUAUGUAACAUGGUGCUGAAAUCACUUAAAAACUAUGAGAAACAUUGUCUGCGCUGCAAGCCGUACGAGUGUCAAAUAUGUGGACGUGUUGUACGUUUCCGACCGAAUUUCAUCAAACACAUGCGUGUGCAUACGGGUCAACAAUCUGAACGGCAUAAAUACAAGUGUGACGUGUGUCACAAGGAAUUCAUGAGUUUUGAGUAUUUCAAGGUGCACAAAAAGAUUCACAAUGAAAAUGUGAAUUUGACGUGCGAGAUUUGCGGCAAAGUAUUUAGCGCGUUGGCGUCACUGCGUGGCCACUCCAAAUUGCAUUCGGGUGUGAAAUUGCACAAAUGUGAUGUGUGUGGCAAAGGUUUCGGACAGCGUUACAAUUUGAAGAUACAUGCGCGUACCCACACCGGCGAUUUUCCGUUUGAGUGCAAAGUGUGCAAGAAGAAAUUGCAUACACAAUCUUCCCUACAAACUCAUAUGCAAGUGCAUCAGCGCGAUCAAAACUCACAAGCCACCAAUACGGCCAAGAAUGAUAAAAGCGCGACCAAUUCCACAGCGUCGACGUCAGCUGCAGCGACGACAGCUACAAUUGUAAAACUAGAGCCACAGACAAAAGAUGAUGGCCCCAGCACUAGUGGAAUGCAACGUCAUUUGCAAAAACAAUUACUCGAAGAUAUGGAAGAUGAUAACUCAGGACUGAGUGAUAGUAUUCAAGGAGGCGGCAAUGUUAGUCGCAUUGUCUCCACUUCUUCUUUGACCACAGGUGGUGGCCAGAAUAUGCAAACAACUACCGCUGAGGAUUCCUCAAAUGAAUCUUCAAAUGCAUCACACGAUUUAAAACAACAACAAUUGCGACAACAACCACUCUUGGUGACACCCACACGCACCAUUGUCAUCAAGAAUUAUAUGCAGAAUGAACAGGGUAUCGCACUGGCACAACCACAGACGCAGCAUCAGACUAACGUCAUACAGAGCAAUAACCAAAGUGGCAGUAGCACGCUGCAACAGCAAUUGUUGCGCAAGACGCCCAUAAUACAUUCUACAGGUGGCGCUGGUACACUCUCCUCCGCUUUGGCGGGCGUGGUGCAACAAAUCGGCACCUCACCCUCGCCAUCGCCUUCAUCCUCGUCGACAUCAUGUUCCUCGUCAGUGGUUGUGUCGAAAUCAGGUGCUCCACUCUCGCUCGCAUCCACCGCCAUUGGCACCUCCACCAUACGCAGCACACGCAAUCACUUGUCACAAUUCAGUUCGUCGAUAACCUCAUCGAGCAGCCACCACCGUGCGUUACAGCGCAAUAAUAACCACCGAAAUCAUAGCAACAACAGCAGCAACAACCACCGGCGUCGACAUCCGACACAUUUGGACGAUGAUGAUGAUGACGAUUUGGAUGAUUUUGUCGAUUCGACACGUGCGCAUCAUCGUUCGUUGCGUGUGAAUGGUCAGCAUUUUGAUGAUGAUGACGACGAUGAGAAAUCCUCCCCGUCCUUGGCCACAGCGGCUAUUAUUAAAGUCGAACCGAAUCUGUAUUCGUCGGGUUCGGGCGACAAUUCCAAUGAAAUGCUCAUUAAAGAAGAGGUGAUGUUCGAGGAUUCGGCCCAUCAUUCGCCACACUCGCCGCCAAGUUCGAAAUUUCGCAUGUCGAAUUUCGAUAGUGAUUUGGAUCAUCAUGUCGAUUUGAAUCAUUCGCUGCCGCCAUAUGGAAAUCUCUUUGACCCGCAUUCCAUACCCGAUACCAUUCCCGUGCAAUUGUAUCCAGACGAUGAUGAUGAUUUUCGUCUGGAUCACAGCUCAUUGGGACCGCUGCAUCAGACAUCAUCGUCCACCACCGAUGGUGAUUUCAUAAAAAAAGAAUGGGUCUACGGCACAGGUUCCAAUUACACGAUGAACGGGAAAUUCGGUGAUGAUAGCGAUGCGCUGUGCGACUCGGCGAAUUUCAUUUACGACUGAGCAGCAGUUGUGCCCCAUAUGAUCAGCUGAGCAGUGUUAUUGUUUAUCAAGAAACGAAAAGUGUAGUUGUGCGUAAUCCGUGUACUACAUGAUUGAUGUAUGCAAAUCAAAUAUUAUAUAGAUAUAUAUAUAUAUAUGCGAUGAGUGCCCAUCAGAAGGAAGCAAUGAUAAAGUUGCGUACAACAAAUGCCAAUAUUAGCAAGUAUUUUUUUCUGUCUGUAUUGUUAAACGAAAUUAAGCUAAAAAUUCUUUAAAAAAAAAACCCUAAAACACUCAAUGUAAUGGAAAAUAUUGUUAUUUUAGUGUUAACCAGCGACACUAAACCAAUUGGAUGUCAAAUUCGUGAAAAAAAAAAAACCUAACAAAAACAAAACAAAUUCGUGGUAGUGAAUACGCGCAAUGUAGGCAAUGCAAUCAGUAGUUAUAAAAUAAUAUUACAUACAUAUAUAUGUACAUACAUAUAUACACACACUUACACAUGUAUAUGUAUGAGUAGUUGUGUGUACGUGUGUGUAAUUGCUCACCAGCGCGAACUUGACUGACCGAAAGGAACUGCUGCAGGAAGUGGCUUCUUCCAUGACACUCGUUUCGCAAUCUCAAAAACACACUAUCUCUCUUUCGAACUCUCACUCUAACUUUCUCUCUCUCUAUAUAUCUCAAACUGUUUUUGGCUAGCACAAAUGAUUUUAGUUUUAGUAAUAAUUAAAAGCGUCAAGCAUACAUAUAAAACACAUUUAUAUACAUACAAUAUAUAGCGCAUAAGUGUAUAAGUAAUUAACGAUUCUCUAACGUAAUUACAUGUGUGUGUAAAUAUUAUUGCAACGUACUCUUUUACUUUUUAUUCAUAUUU